GGGAGCGCGCACUAGUCUCGGCGAGACAGUCGUCCGAAGAGGGUGUGAUAACGAGCCGUUGAGAUUUGACCUUUUCCAACCUCAUUUUCGUCGCUUUGAAGUCGCUGGACAUCUGAGGUCAGCAUGCGCGAGAUCGUGCACCUGCAGGCGGGCCAGUGCGGGAAUCAGAUCGGAGCGAAGUUCUGGGAGGUGAUCAGUGAUGAACACGGUAUUGACCCCACUGGCAGCUACCAUGGAGACAGUGACCUGCAGCUGGAUCGCAUCAGUGUUUACUACAAUGAAGCCUCUGGGGGAAAGUAUGUCCCUCGCGCCAUCCUUGUGGAUCUAGAGCCAGGAACCAUGGACUCUGUCCGCUCCGGUCCUUUUGGGCAGAUAUUCAGACCUGACAACUUUGUUUUUGGUCAGAGUGGAGCUGGAAAUAAUUGGGCUAAGGGUCACUACACAGAGGGUGCUGAACUGGUGGACUCGGUGAUGGAUGUGGUCCGUAAAGAAGCCGAGAGCUGUGACUGUCUGCAGGGCUUUCAGCUCACGCAUUCACUGGGAGGAGGAACAGGCUCAGGCAUGGGAACGCUCCUCAUUAGCAAGAUCCGCGAGGAGUAUCCCGACCGCAUCAUGAACACCUUCAGCGUGGUACCGUCUCCCAAAGUGUCGGACACGGUGGUGGAGCCCUACAACGCCACGUUGUCCGUUCACCAGCUGGUGGAGAACACGGAUGAGACCUACUGCAUUGACAACGAGGCCCUGUAUGACAUCUGCUUCCGCACUCUCAAACUCACUACACCCACGUAUGGCGACCUCAACCACCUCGUCUCGGCCACCAUGAGCGGCGUCACCACCUGCCUGAGGUUCCCCGGACAGCUGAACGCCGAUCUUCGCAAACUGGCGGUCAACAUGGUGCCCUUCCCUCGUCUGCACUUCUUCAUGCCUGGCUUUGCUCCUCUCACCAGCAGGGGGAGUCAGCAGUAUCGCGUGCUCUCCGUCCCAGAGCUCACCCAGCAGAUGUUCGACGCUAAGAACAUGAUGGCUGCAUGUGACCCGCGCCACGGCCGCUACCUAACUGUGGCCGCCGUUUUCCGUGGUCGCAUGUCGAUGAAGGAGGUGGACGAGCAGAUGCUGAACGUGCAGAACAAGAACAGCAGCUAUUUCGUGGAGUGGAUCCCCAACAACGUCAAGACCGCCGUCUGCGACAUUCCACCUCGUGGUCUCAAAAUGUCUGCCACAUUCAUCGGCAACAGCACUGCAAUCCAGGAGCUGUUUAAACGCAUUUCGGAGCAAUUCACCGCCAUGUUUCGCCGCAAGGCCUUCCUGCACUGGUACACCGGCGAGGGCAUGGAUGAGAUGGAGUUCACAGAGGCCGAGAGCAACAUGAACGACCUGGUGUCCGAGUAUCAGCAGUACCAGGAUGCUACUGCAGAGGAGGGAGAAUUUGAGGAGGAGGGUGAAGAGGAGGCCGCCUGAUCAUCAUCUCUUCCACCUUAGCUUCCUUCCUCCAUUUUUAAAUCAUAUGCCACAUCAUCUCAGUCCAGUGCUGUUAAACAGAGAAAGUCCAUUCAAACUCCUGUGUGAUUCUCAUUUUAGUUGUGUCUCAUUUGCUUAAAAUCACAAUGGAUUUACUGAAUAAACACAUGACAAAUCUUCGUUCUAUAUGACUUUAUGAACAAACGUUCUUGAAAUAAAUUUAACUGAACGUCAGUAUUGUUUUAUUAUUAGUGGUGAAGUAUAAAUUAUUUCUAGCUGUCUAACAGCGCUUACCCAAACAUUUUAAAUGGUCAAUCAAAUUUAAAAAGGCAGGCUUGACAUUUCACAGAAGAAUUGUAGCGCAAGGCUUCAAAUUAACCUUUAACGUUCAGAGAGUACCAGUUUAGAAGUAGCUGAACAUGUAGGCUAAUUUUUAACAAUGCAUUUUUUACAACAGAAAUGUUAAACAAGUGACAGUAAUAGGCAAAACAUGUAAUAUUUAACAAUGGUUUAAUGGCACAAAUGAUAAACAAGCGACAGUAAUAAUAAGAAAUGCAAAGUAUUCAAUCUUUUUGUCAAGUUCUGAUGAUUUGAAGUGAUUGAUUUGCAUAAUGUAAGUCAUAACUGAAUGACGAGACAAGAAACAGGAUCUUAUUCCCAAUAGAAAAGAUUCUUAUUUCCAAUUCCAUAAAUUAAAUAGACAAUUACAGUGACAAUUAUGAGAAUGUAAGAAAUUGUGAGACAUAAAGUCCUAAUAACAAAGUCUUUUAUUUAUUUUUUACUCUGAUCAAAAUGAGCUUCCACAUCAAGUUGAGAAAUUCAAUUUAGAAUGUUCUUGGAAUAUCAUCUGGGCCUAACCAUUUUAAAUAAGACUGUACUUGCAUUCAGAAGACCGGACAUUUUCUACAAGUAAAAUGCUGCUCCUCCAGUGAACACUAGAGGGAAACAUUUCUCACAAAACAAGGACCAAAAAUUGGAAGCACAUUCAAUGCAGUGACAAUAUUAGUCAAAGGAACUGUCAGAAUUCUGUUCAGUUUAAUGCUGAUCACCCUUCACUAACAGAGACGUAGCAAACACAUAAGCAAUGAUGAUGAGAGCAUAAAAACAGAGUGGAAAAGCAGUGACUCAAUAGAGGAAGUCUAUUCCAGUGUUUCCCCUGACAUGUGUUUAUGUGUUUUCAACCAUGACUAGGUGAAAGUGUGAGUUUAGCUUAUAUAGUACGAAUGAACACAAAUAGAGACAGGCCAGUUACAAACCCAAUUCCUAAAUAGUAAAAGAGCAAAGAGUAAAAAGAAAUGGGUUAAUUUACAAAUCUCAUGAAUUUAUAUUUUAUUCACAAUAUAAUUUAGACAACAUUUCAAACAUUGAAAGUGAGACAUUUUGAAAUGUCUUGCUAAAUAUUGGCUCAUUUUUUAUUUCAUGAGAGCUACAUAUUCCAAAAAAGUUGGGACAGGUAGCAAUAAGAGGCCGGAAACGUUAAAUGCACAUAUAAGGAACAGCUGGAGGACCAAUUUGCAACUUAUUAGGUCAAUUGGCAACAUGACUGGGUUUAAAAAGAGCCUCUCAGAGUGGCAGUGUCUCUCAGAAGUCAAGAUGGGCAGAGGAUCACUAAUUCCCCCAAUGCUGCGGCGAAAAAUAGUAGAGCAAUAUCAGAAAGGAGUUUCUCAGAGCAUAAUUGCAAAGAGUUUGAAGUUAUCAUCAUCUACAGUGCAUAAUAUUAUCCAAAGAUUCAGAGAAUCUGGAACAAUCUCUGUGCGUAAGGGUCAGGGCCGGAAAACCACACUGGAUGCCCGUGAUCUUCUGGCUCUUAGACAUCACUGCAUCACAUACAGGAAUGAUACUGUAAUGGAAAUCACAACAUGGGCUCCGGAAUACUUCCAGAAAACAUUGUCGGUGAACACAAUCCAUCGUGCCAUUCACCGUUGCCGGCUAAAACUCUAUAGGUCCAAAAAGAAGCCAUAUCUAAACAUGAUCCAGAAGCGCAGAGGUUUUCUCUGGGCCAAGGCUCAUUUAAAAUGGACUGUGGCAAAGUGGAAAACUGUUCUGUGGUCAAAUCAAAAUUUUAAGUUAUUUUUGGAAAACUGGGACGCCAUGUCAUUCGGACUAAAGAGGACAAGGAAAACCCUAGUUGUUAUCAGCGCUCAGUUCAGAAGCCUGCAUCUCUGAUGGUAUGGGGUUGCGUGAGUGUGUGUGGCAUGGGCAGCUUACACAUCUGGAAAGGCACCAUCAAUGCUGAAAGGUAUAUCCAAGUUCUAGAACGACAUAUGUUCCCAUCCAGACGUCGUCUCUUUCAGGGAAGACCUUGCAUCUUUCAACAUGACAAUGCCGGACCACAUACUGCAUCAAUUACAACAUCAUGGCUGUGUAUACAACAUCAUGGCUGUGUAGAAGAAGGAUCCGGGUACUGAAAUGGCCAGCCUGCGGUCCAGAUCUUUCACCCAUAGAGAACAUUUGGCGCAUCAUAAAGAGGAAGAUGCGACAAAGAAGACCUAAGACAGUUGAGCAACUAGAAGCCUGUAUUAGACAAGAAUUGGACGACAUUCCUAUUCCUAAACUUGAGCAACUUGUCUCGUCAGCCCCCAGACGUUUGCAGACUGUUAUAAAAAGAAGAGGGGAUGCCACACAGUGGUAAACAUGGCUUGUCCCAACUGUUUUGAGAUGUGUUUAUGCAAAAUGAUACAUUUUCUGUUUAAACAUUUAACAAGUAUUCUAUGUUGUAUUUUGAAUAAAAUAUAGAAAUUUGAAACUUCCA